CUUUCGUUCCGCGGCUUUGGCGGCAUGAUACAUUUGAAAAACGUGUUAUGAUAUCUUGUGGAGGCUAGGCUUGCUUCCUGCGUGUGACGAUCACUGCACACAGCAACAUCUACCGUGCAAGGGGCAUUUAGCUGGCACCAUAUAGUAGUUCUAGCUGUGUGGGAGCCACAAUCAGCGUCAGGGCUUCACCAGUGGGCAAGCCGGGCCAGGGUGCAGCUCUCGCGUGCGGCAGUUGUCAAUAGCUCCCGCCAGCUGUGGCGGAAGGUGCAAUGGCGCCGCUAGCAGACAGUGUAAUAGCUUAAUAACGCAUACGUGUGUGCUUCGCCGCUGUAACGCGCAAGGCGCGUCGCACCGGUGGCAACGAUGACCGCGCAGCCCGACAGGGCGUUUGAGAUUUUCGUGAAGCGGACACUCUCUACGAUACAGAAAGAGUCAUGGGGGAGGAGCAAGGAGUGCAAGGAUCUGCGGGACUCGUGCCAGAACGUGCUGAACCUGCUGCACGACCACGAGCAGGGCCACCUGCAGUACGACGGCAGCCUGGCGGUGGCGGUGCUGGAGCCGCUCUACCUGGCAGCGGCCUCGCCCAACCCCAAAAUCCUGGAGGCGGCGCUGGGCUGCCUGCACAAGCUGGUGGCGCACGCGUGGCUGCAGGGCGAGAGCAGCAGCGGCGGCCAGGCCAGUGACGCGGACGUGGUGUCGCGCGUCAUCCGCACCGUCAUCCGCGCGGCGGAGAGCGGCGGCAACGGCGGCGGCGCGGCGGCGGAGGGCAUGCAGCUGUCCGUCAUCCGGGCGCUGCUCACCUUCGCCACGGCGGAGCACUUUGUGGCGCACGGCGACUGCCUGCUGGCGGCGGUGCGCAUGGUGUUCAACCUUGCGCUGGGCGCCGAGGACGACGUCAUCAAGCGCACCGCCAGCAACGCGCUGCUGCAGAUGCUGAACACCAUCGCCAAGCGCGUGACCGCCUACCAGCUGUUCGGGGGGUCUUCCUGCGCCACCAGCCGCCGCUCCUCCCUCGACGGCACGUAUGCGGCUGCCGCCGCCGCGGCGGCGGCGGCCGGCGGCGGCGCCUCCGGCUACAGCCGGCAGUCUUCCAACCUGCACACGCAGCAGGCGGGGGGCAGCGGCCACGGGCCAUCAGCCGGGGCGGGGCAAGGCAUGGCGGCGGCGUUGCCAGCGCCUCUGGCGCAGCAGGGGCAGAGCCAGGGGCAGCUGAAUGGGGCGGGCUCAGCGGAUCUGCAGCGGGCUGCGGACGCCGCGCUGGCGGCGGCAGCCGCAGCCGCCGGCUGGGCGGCGCCGCCCGAGGCGGUACCCGCUGCCGGAGCUAAGGCGGGUGCAGAGGCCAGCAGUGUGGCGGGCGGGGAGGGCGACGCCGUGAAUGGCGGGGUUGGGCUGGCGCGUUUGACGUCGGGGGUGGUGCCGGAGGGCGUCAUGCGCGCCUCCAGUGCGCUAUCCAUCAGGUCGGACCGUUCGGAGGGCGGCGCGGCCGGCGGCGGAGCCGGCGGGGGAGGAGGAGGCGCUGACGGUGCCGGCGGCGGAGGCGGGGUUGACGGCAGCCGUACGGCGCAGCUGGCGACGCUGGCUGAGCAGCGGGACCUCGCGGGCCUGGAGGCGGCGCUGGGGGAGGACGAGGGGCUGGGGCCGGAGGCGGAGGAGGAGGGGCCAGUGGUGGGCCGCGUGCGGAACCCGCAUGUGGCGGCGGCAGCGGCAGCGGCCGCAGGGGCAGGGGCAGGGGCAGGCACGGCGGUGGGCGGCUCGGGCGGCGGCGCAGCGGGGCCAGUGGGCGCGGUGCUGGCUGGCGGGCCGUCCAGUCGCAGCCUGGCCGGCCUGCCGCCAGCGCACACGCAGCCCUCGCCGGCGCCGCCACUGCCGCCCCCGCAUUCCUCCAGCGGCGCGUCGCUGGCGCAGGCGCCGUCGCCGCUGCCGCCCGCGCCGUCGCCGGCGCCGGCCGCUGACAGCCCCUUCUCCAACGCGGCCACGGCGGGUGACGGCCCAGCCCUCGACUACCUGCACGGCCCCAGCCCGGCGGGCGCGGGUGCCGGUGUGGGUGCGGGUGCGGGACUGCCGCACGUGCCCUCGCACGCCUCCACCCACAGCCGCAACAGCCUGCCACACAGCGCCAGCCACGGCCACCAGCACCUCCACAGCCACAGCCAUUCGGCGGGGCCCUACGGCGCGCCCGUGCCGCACUACGGCCACCCGCAGGGCCACCCGCCGGGCUACCCGCAGGGCUAUCAUGCGCCGCCGUCUCGGCCUCUCAGCACCAACGAGCGCGACGUGCUGCUGGUGCUGACGGCGUUCUGCCGCCUGGCCUCGCGCGAGGCGGGCGUCACCGACAUUGACAAGUACCUGGCGGCCGGCAAGCUGCUGGCGCUGGAGCUGGUGGUCAAGGUGAUUCAGAACCCCAUGCACAACUGGGAGAACGUGCGCGAGGAGUUUGCGCGGCACAUGCACCAGCCGCUGUGCCUGGCGCUGCUGCGCAACUGCUCGCCCGCCGAGCCCGCCGCCUUCAACUGGGCGCUGCGGCUGCUGACGGCGGUGCUGCUGCAGCCCAAGCUGCGCAAGGGGCUCAAGGCGGAGCUGGGUGCCUUCUACCCACUGCUGCUGCUUCGCCCGCUGGAGGCGCCCGGCACAGCAGGCACCGCCACCCCCGGCACCGAGCCGCCCUCCCCCGGCGGCAGCGGCGGCGGCGGCGGCGCCAUGUCGGCGGCGGAGCUGGCGCCGGCGGCGGCGGUGCUGCCUUGCAUGGCUGCUCUGUGCAGCGAGCCUCAGCUGCUGGUGGACCUGUUCGUCAACUACGACUGCGACCUCAAGGCGCCCAACCUGUUCGAGCGUACCGUGCAGGCCCUGUCGCGGCUGUCCCAGCGCACGGAGCUGGACAGCGGCGGCGCCGCCGCGCUGGCGGCCGCCGGCGCCGCCGCCUCCGGCCCCAAGCAGCAGCAGGAGGCGGCGCGGCAGCUGGCGGCGGUGCGCGACGCGGCGUUGCGCUGCCUGCUGGCGGUGGUGCACUGCCUCGACGCCUGGGCAGCCCCGCUCAAGGAGGGCGCAAACGACGCCACGCCGCAGGCAGGCGGCGCCGCCGCGGCCGCCGGGGCAGCCGCCUCGGCGGUCGCUGCGGCGGCGCUGGAGGAGGCGAACGGGAACGGCGGGAACGGGAAUGGUGGCGAGGGUCUGCGGGACGAGGCUGAGCGGUUUGAGGCGGCCAAGGUGACCAAGUCAGCGCUGAAUCGCGGGCUGUCGCUGUUCAACGGCGGCAGCCCGGUCAAGGCGAUGCGCCUCCUCAUCAGCAGCGGUGUGGUUGAGAACAGCCCGGCCGGCGCCGCCGUGUUCCUGCGCGGCCACUCCGGCGAGCUGGACGCGGCGGCCCUGGGCGAGUACCUGGGCCACCACGAGGACUUCGAGCUGGCGGCCAUGAGGGCCUACUGCGACAUGGAGCGCUACGGCGGCAUGCCCAUCGACACCGCGCUGCGCGCCUUCCUGGCGCCCUUCCGCCUGCCGGGCGAGGCGCAGAAGAUCGACCGACUCAUGGAGGCCUUCGCGGAGCGCUACGUGCGCGACAACCCCGCCGCCUUCCGCAACGCCGACGCCGCCUACGUGCUGGCCUUCGCCAUCAUCAUGCUCAACACGGACGCACACAACCCGCUCGCCGAGCGCCGCCUGGACCGCGCCGGCUUCGUAGCCAUGACCUCCCUGCCCGUGGAGGCCGGCGGCGGAGCCGGGGCCGGCGGCGACGGUAAUGGUGGUGGCGGUGGCGGCGGCGGCGGCGGUACGACCACGGUGUACGAGCCGGCGCUGCCGGUGGCGGAGCUGGAGGGGAUCUUCGACCGGAUUGUGGCGCAGGAGAUUGUGGUGCGCGGCGGCGCCGGCAGCGGCGGCAGGGCGGCGGCGGCGAAGCGCGCCGCCGCGGCUGGCGGCAACAAGCUGGCGGCGGCGCUGGGGCUGCGCGCGCUGGUGGCGCCCUUCCGCGGCCUGGGCGGCGGCGGCGACCGGCGCAAGGUGAGCGACGCGGAGCGGCAGCGGCAGCAGAUGAUGGAGAUUGCGGAGCUGGCCGUGGCGCGGGGCGGCGGCGGCGGCGGUGGCGGCGCGCCGCUGGCAAACACGUGGCACGCCUGCACGCACGCGGCGCACGUGCGGCCCAUGCUCAUGGUCUCAGCAGAGGCGCUGCUGGCGGCGAUGGUGGCGGCGGUGGCGCGCGCGCCGGACGCAGCGGCGGCGGAGCCGGUCCUGUCUGGUCUGGUCAGCCUGGCGACGCUGGCUGGUCUCAUGGGCCUGGAGGAGAUGUGCGAGGCCGCGGUGGCGGCGCUGGCGGCGGCGGCGGGCGUGGCGGCGCCGGCGCCGUUCGGCACCGCCGCCGCCGCCAAGCAGCUGGCGGCGCUGAAGGCGCUCAUGGGGCCGCUGGUGUCGGGUCCGGAGGCGGGGCAGCUGGGCAGCGCCUGGGCCAUCAUCCUCAGGACGUCGUCAGAGCUGGAGGCGCUGGUGCGGCUGGUCACGAGGCCGCUGCAGCCGGGCGAGGCGCCCGGCAGUGUCGCCUUCAUGGCGCCGCCGGCGGCCGGCAGUGGUGGCGUGGGCGGCGGCGCGGGAAGCAUCGCGGCGGCAGAGGCGGCGGCGCGGCUGGCAAGGAGCGGCGGCGGCGGCAGCAGCGGCGGGGGCCUGUUCAGCAAGGUGUUUGGCGGCCUGUGGGGCGGCAGCACCGGCGGUGCCGCCGCGCCCGCCGCCGCUGCGCCCGCCAGCAACGGCGGCGCGGCGCCGUCGUUCAUUAGCAGCAGCGGUGGCGGCGGCCGCAGCCUCGCAAGCGCGCUCUCCGGAGGCGCCGCCUCCAGCGCCGGGGGCGCCGCAGGCGCCGGCAAGCCCGCCGCCGCAGGCGGCGGCGGUGCCCCCGGCGGCGCGUCCUCCCUGCCGCCGCCGCCGGUGCGCGUCAUGUCUGGCGCCGCCACUGUCAUGUGGGCGGUCACAGACGGCCGGACCGCCAUCGAGGGGCUCUACGCGCGCAGCACGGGCCUCGACGGCGACGCGGUGGUGGUGUUUGUGCGCGCGCUGUGCGCCGUGAGCCGCGAGGAGCUGGACGGCUCGCCGCCGCGGCUGUACAGCCUGAACCGGCUGGUGGAGGUGGCGGGCGCCAACGCCGCCAGCCGCAUCCGCCUGGUGUGGAGCCGCGUGUGGGCGGUGCUGUCCGCGCACCUGGUCAUGGCCGCCUGCCACCCGCACCAGGCCAUCGCCGCGCAGGCCGUGGACGCACUGCGCGGCCUGGCCGUGCGCGUGCUGGGCCGCGAGCAGCGGCACGGCGGCGGAGCCGCUGCGCCGCCGCCGGAGGCGGCGGCGGCCGCGGCGGCGGCGGCCGCCGCCGCCUCGCAGGCGGCGCCUGCGGCGCCGGGCGCGCUGACGCGCUCGGCCUGGGGCACGGCGGAGGGCGCGAUGCGGCCGUUCGUGUCGGUGCUGCGGCUGAGCGACGACGCGGGUGUGCGGGCCAUGGCGCUGGCGGCUGUGGCGGCCAUCAUGGCGGGGCCCGCCACGGCGCGCGCGCUGGGCGCCGGCUGGCGAGUGGCUAUGGAGGCGCUCACGCGCGCCGCCGGCGACGCCAGCGGCGCCGUGUUCGAGCAGGCGCUGGGCGCCAUGGAGGUGGCGGUGGCGGCGCUGUUCCGCACGGCGACGGCGGCCACGACGGCUGGGAGUGCGCAAGGAGGGAAGGCGGUGGCGGCAGCGGCGGUGGCAGCUGGUGCCGGUGCUGCUGCUGCCCCCGGGCACGACUGCUACCGGGAGAUGCUGCGCGCCAUCCUCACCGCCAUCCGCAACCCGCACGCGCACGACAGCGCGCCGGCGGCGGUGCGGCUGCUCAUGUCCGUCGGCGACCGACUGGCACAGCGCCCGCCGCCGCCGCCGCCGGCAGCAGCAGGUGCUGCGGGUGGCGCUGCGGCUCGCGGGGGCGGGGGCGGCGGCCUGGGCCGGGCGCGGCAGAUGUCGAUGGAGCUAACGGCCGGCGGCGCUGGCUCGACAAGCGCCUCCGGUCCGCUGAGCCCGCGCCUCCACGCCACCACCACCACCACCACCACCACUACCGCUGCUGCGGCUGCGACAGCCGCGCCGCCGCGCUCCAUGUUGGAGGUGCUGGCGGUGCCGCUGCCGGCCGGCGCCGCGCCCAGCCCCGCAGACGAUUGGGCGCUGCUGCUGGAGGUGGUGGCGGACGUGGCAGCCACGCCGGCAGCGCCGGGGGCCGCCGCCGCCGCGCCGGGCUCCGCCCGCCUCAUGAGUGCGGGGCUGGAGGCUGCGCUGGACCUCAUGCGCGCGCACAGCGGCUGCUGGGGCCUGCGCGCGUGGCGCGUCAUGCUGCGGCGGGUGGUGGCGGCGGUGGCGCUGCGCGUGCCGCCUGCGCUGGACCCGGUCGCGCAUCCGGCGGAGGCGGCGGCCGCUGCGGCCGUGGGGCUGCCGCUGGAGAGCAUCAGCGCCGGCUUCGUGGCGCGCGCCGAGCGCAUCUUCCCGCUCAUGUCGGCGCAGCUGGCGCCGCUGGCGGCGGCUGCGGCGGCGCGCGAGCGCGCCAAUGCAGCGGCGGCUGGCGCCGCCGGCCGGGCGUCCGAGUGGCGGCGCCGCAUCUCGUCCGGCAGCGGCGCCGGCAGCGGCAGCGAGGACGAGGACGAGCAGGAGCUGCGCGGCGCGGGUGCCGGCGGCGCCGCCGGCGGCGCGACCGCGGCGGCGGUGUACUUCGAGGCGUACAGCAGCUUGUACGGCGAGGACGAGGCGGCGGCGGCGGCAUACCCUUACGGCAGCGGCGGCGGCGGCGGCCCCGUCGGCGGGCGGCUCGGCAGCCUGCUCAGCCCGCUGGGCAGCGGCGCGCUGGCGCUCUUCGGCAGCACCGGCGGCGCAGCCACUGCCGCCGGCUCGGGUCCCAACGGCGCGGCAGGCGCCGGCGGCCUGGGCAGCGCCGCCGCGGCGAGUGCGGCUGCGGCGGUGGCUCGCGGCGACCUGCACCAGGAGCUGCUGUGCCUGCUGGCGGUCACCUGCCUCAGCUGGUUCCGCCACCCCGCGGAGGCGGUGGCGCGCGCCGGCCUCACCAACCUGUGCCGCCUGCUGAACGUCACCGCGGGCGUGGUGCUGCGCGGCCCGUCGGACGACGGCACCGGCGGCGCCAGCAGCAGCAGCGGCAGGGGCCGGGCCUCGCGGGACGGCGGCCGCGUCAGCGGCGACGGCGGCGCAGCCGCCGCCGCCGCGGCGGCGGCCGCGGCGGCGGCCGGGCUGCACCGCGGCUGGGACGUGCUGUUGCCGUUGCUGUCGUCGGCGGUGGCGGCGGAGCUGGGGGUGGUGAUGCGGCUGGCGGAGCGGCUGCGGGCGGCGCAGCACGCCGCGGCGGCGGCGGCGCAGGCGCGCGCGCGGCUCGACGCGGAGGGCCGCGCGCCGCUGCCGCAGCGCAGCAGCAGCCUCACGGCGCCGGCGCCGCUGCGCACCAGCCUGGGCGGCGGCGCCUCCGGCGUGGGCGCGCCCAUCAUCGCCGUCAACACCUCCGGCACCGUGGGCACCAUGCUGUUCCCCGGCAGCCUCACGCGCGGCGGCGGCGCCGCCGCGGGCGGCGCCGCCGAAGCAGCUGCGCUGCGGCGGCUGCGCGGCCGCUGCCGCAUGCUGCUGCUGCUGCAGCGCGCAGUGGCGGACUUCGCCUGCCGCCGCGCCGCCUCGCUGCCGUGGCGCGUGACGCGGGCGCUGGUGGCGCUGCUGGUGGGCGCGGCGGAGCAGCUGCUGCGCUUCAACAUGCGGGAGGAGCUGGGACUGCCGGCCAUGGGUGCUACUGCCGCGGCCGCGGCAGCAGCUGCAGCAGCAACAGCGGGUGGUGCUACAGCUGGGCCGGCGGGUGUCAAGGCGACGGGUGCGGGCGAGGCUGUGGCUGAGCCGGCAGCGGGCGCCGAUGACGGUUGGAACGAUGACUGGGAUGAGGUUGACGAGCAGGAGGAUGAGGAGGCGGGCGCUGGGCACCGCGAGGACGGGGCCGGGGAGGCGGGUAGGGAAGGCGGUGCGGGCAGCGCCUCGCAGCAGGGGUCGCGGUCAGGCGGCGCGCUCGCGCGGGACGAGGGCGAGGCCGCCGCCAGCACGUCAGCUGCAGCUGACGCCGAGGAAGCCUCCGCCGCUGCCGCGCUCAGCGAUGACGGCGGCCAAGGAGCGGGUGCGGCUGCAGGGCAACGGCCGGCGCCGCUGGCGCUGGCCUCCGCCUUCGCGGCGGCGCCCGACGCCGCGGCGCAGGCCGCGACGUCGCCGCCCGCGGCAGCCUUCCCAUCCUCCCGCACGCCCUCUGCCACUCCUGGCGCCUCCGCCGCCGCCGGCACCUCGCCGCAAUCGCUGCUGCACUCGGCGGCUCUGGCGCUACCGGGGCCGCAGCUGCAGCUCACCUCCGCCACCAGCCACGACUCCAUGCGGCCGGCGCUGGCGCGGCUGGAGGUGGAGGCGGCGGACGCGGCGCUCAACCUGCUGCUCACCUGCGCCACCGCCCAACCCGCAGCAGCUUGCUCUUGGGCGGCGGAGCCGUCGGCUGCGCAGCGCGCGGCGGAGGCGCGGCAGCAGCUGGAGGCGCUGUGCCGCACCAUUGUGGCCACGGCGGUGGCGGCGGCGGCGGCAGCAGCACCGCCGGCGGCGCACCACGCCGCCUCCGCCGCGGUGCCGUUGGAGCCGGCGCCGCUGGACCCGGCGCUCCCCGGCAGCUCCUGGGACCACGCCGUGCGCGGCGGCGUGUUGGCCCGCGCCAUCCUGCUGCUGCUACACGUCCCCGCCGCCUUCGCACACCACGCCAAGCCCCACCUCCCGGACCCGCACGGGAACCAUCAAGGGCACCACCAAGGGCAUCAGGGGCAGCCGCACCAGCAGGUGGGGCCGGAGGAGGAGGCCCGGCGGCUGGCGCUGCUGCCGGACGUGUUGGCGCUGCUGGGCAGUCACCAGCCCGAGGUGCGCCGCGCCGUGGCGGACUUCCUGGAGGAGGUGCUGGCGCCGCGGCUGGCGCUGGCGGCGGGCAUGGUGGCGGCGUCGGGGAUGGGGCAAGGGCGGGCGUGAGCGUGGGUGUGAGCGUGGGUGUGAGCGUGGGUGUGAGCAUGUGUUAAGGAGCGUUGUGGGGCGGCGCGGCGGCGCGGGGCAUGGGGCCUUGGGGCAUGGACCCGACUUCGGGGUGCGGGGUACACGAUGUGCAGAUGCCAUUGCAACUGCCGCUGCUCCUCUAUGUAUGUAUGGACCAUUUGACGGUAUGCGCCGCACUUGCAGGCAGGGGGUGAAAGGGGUUGGGACGCAGCAGCUGCAAGCUGUGUUGCACGUGCAUUCUGGACUUUGCUCCGUGCAGAACUUAACUGGCGGGUCCUUGGGCUGAUCAAGACACAGAACGGGAGUCAACUCUAGAUCCAUGACUGCGGACGCUAGGUGUGCAGGCAGUAAGUACAAGAAGAACCAUACCGUACGUUCGUGGAGACAGAUGCUCACGUGACGCGGCGCCAGGGCCCGAACUGUGUAUAGAUAAUCGGCGGCGCUCAUGGUGCGUGUGGCAGUCGUAGGCAGGUACAGCGAGCUAGCAAUGUCAGCUAACGGUGCCGACGCUUAGAUGUAGUGCUGGUGGGUGCAGGACGUGCAUGCCCCUGCAGUGUGACGGCUGUUGAGAGGUGUGUCAGGCUCACAGCGCCAAUGAGGAGCAAUCCCGCUUGUUUGGCGGCACUGGGCGGUGAUGCUUCGUGUUAACAGGAUUGGUGUGUCGCAAUUGACGUGUGUCUCCCGCAACAAGCCUCUUCAUUAGCUCAUGAAAGCAUUCUGCGCCAAGGCAACAGAGCAACCUUCCAACGCUUCGCGAAUCCCGUCCCGGCUGGCGUCGAGCUUCCCCCUGUGAAUUAAACACUCCGCCUUGCAUGGACGGCUACCCCCUUUCCGGCCUGCCUCUGUCGCCUUCAGUAACUGCGCCGCGCUGUUAGCCUCUGCCCAUCAACCUGCAUAGCCUGUCUAUCAUUCCUUCACAUUCAGCGCGC